AUGGCAUCUUAUAUUCCUGAAAACUGGCCAUACGGAGAGUCUGAAUACCAAAUCUCGUACUUUGGCAAGUGCAGAGUGUCCGAAACCGAAACUGCUUGUGUUUGGAACGUCUGGGGCGACUUUCCGUUUGUUUCGUGGGAUAUGGGCCUUUUGAUUGCACGAAACUGGACACAAAACACUAAAGAACAGCAGGAAAUCGCCCAUGCCUGGGAAAGAGCCACUUUAGAAGCUCUUUCUUCCUCUUUGGAGACGAUUCAAAGCGUUUCGAGGUUUUCCAGUCCUCCAGAGUCUCCAAAAUCCACCUUCAACGCUGAAGCCAUCCAGGUUAUUCAAACUUUGAAUAUCUGGAAUCCAAAUAUAACCAACCGGCUAGUUCUGUUGUUUCUGCUCUUCUUUUUGGGCAUUUCGGCGUUGCUUUUGCCGUGCAGCUACAAACCAGCGUUUGCUUUCGCCCAGCUUUCCUUCUUUUUGCUUCCUUUCUUGCUCUGGGAGCCUUGUGGAGAAGGAGGAGACGUUGAGAAGGUUUUUGACUUUGGAGUAACGUUUUGCGUGGUUUUUGGCGUUGCAGCGUUGGAAUAUUUGGGUUUGAGAAGAGAAGAAGAAGAAGAAGAAGAAGAAGAAGAAGAAGAAGAAGAAGAAGAAGAAGAAGAAGAGGAGGAGAAUACAGAUGUAAUACUCAUAGCUCAAACAGUGGCUGCUAGAAAGUCUGGUUUGCCGUAUUUGGGCCAAACUUCUGAACAGUAA